GAAAUUAAAAAGGAACGGCCAGGAUUCCAUCACGGAAGAGCCUCACCCCAGAAACCCUAGCUAUAUAAUCCCCUGUAUAUCCCUUCAUCUUCACUUGCUGCAAACCCUAGAGCCAGAACCUCCAGUCUCCACGGGCGUAAGACCGCAGCUCCCAAAAUGAAGGUGAUUGCCGCUUAUCUUCUGGCUGUUUUGGGCGGAAACACCUGCCCCUCAGCUGAGGACUUGAAAAGCAUCCUCGGAUCAGUCGGGGCUGAGGCUGAUGAGGAUAGGAUCGAACUGCUCUUGUCCGAAGUUAAAGGGAAGGACAUCACUGAGCUGAUAGCAGCUGGAAGGGAGAAGCUGGCAUCAGUGCCGUCUGGCGGUGGUGUUGCAGUAGCGGCUGCUGCUGCUCCUGUCGGUGGCGGUGGCGGUGCUGCCCCUGCUGCCGAGGCCAAGAAGGAAGAGAAGGUCGAGGAGAAGGAAGAGUCCGAUGAUGAUAUGGGUUUCAGUCUCUUUGACUAAGGAGUUGUGAGUGACCUGCCAGCGUUGGGUCAAGUCAGUCUCUCGUAGUGUUUGAAAGAAGUUUUGUUAUUUUUCUCGGAUUGUUUCGGUUUCAUCUUGGACCUCAGUAGAAUUUUUGCCUUAGGUACCAGUUAAUGAUAUGUUCUUAAUCGUUUGCAAGCAUAAUUUUAAUUCGUCUCUUUACUUUUGCAUU